CAUCUCUUCUUUCCUGAAACCAAAGACUCAGGACUCAGCAGCUUUGAAGGAGUCCAGGUUCUGUUCAUCUUGGACGGUCUGGACGAGUGUCGACUCCCUCUGGACUUCAACAGUCGGGUCCUGACAGCAGCUACAGAGUCCACCUCAGUAGACGUCCUGCUGACCAACCUCAUCAGGGGGAAGCUGCUUCCCUCAGCUCAGCUCUGGAUCACCACACGACCUGCAGCAGCCAAUCAGAUCCCUCCUGAGUGUGUGGACAUGGUGACCGAGGUGAGAGGGUUCACUGACCUCCAGAAGGAGGAGUACUUCAGGAAGAGGUUCAGACGAAAGAAGCAGACCACCGUCAUGUCUCACAUCAGGAGCUCACGAAGCCUCUACAUCAUGUGUCACAUCCCCAUCUUCUGCUGGAUCACUGCCACAGUUCUGGAGGACAUGUUGAAGAGCAGAGAGACCGGAGAGCUGCCCAAGACCCUGACUGAGAUGUACAUCCACUUCCUGGUGGUUCAGGCCAAAGUCAAGAAGCUCAAGUACCAUGGAGGAGCUGGGACCGACCCAGUUUGGGAUCCUGAGAGCAGGAAGAUGAUGGAGUCUCUGGGAAAACUGGCUUUUGAGCAGCUGCAGAGAGGAAACUUGAUCUUCUAUGAGUCAGACCUCGCAGAGUGUGGCAUCGACAUCACAGCUGCUGCACUUUACUCAGGAGUCUUCACACAGAUCUUCAGAGAGGAGAGAGGACUGUACCAGGAGAAGGUCUUCUGCUUCAUCCACCUGAGUCUCCAGGAGUUUCUGGCUGCUCUUCAUGUCCACCUGAAGUUCUUCAACUCGGGAGUCAACCUGCUCGACUCGCAGCAAACAUCCAAACUGGCAAAAAUCUUCAGACGUCACAUCAAACCAUUCUACCAGACAGCAAUAAAUGAAGCUGUAGAAAGUCCAAAUGGACAUCUGGACCUGUUCCUGCGCUUCCUUCUGGGUCUUUCUCUGCAGACCAGCCAGAGGCUCCUUCCAGGUUUGUUGACACAGACAGGAAGUAGCUCCGGGACCCAUCGGAAAACAGCAGAGCUCAUCAAGAAGAAGAUAAGUGAGAACGUGUCUCCAGAGAGAAUCAUCAAUCUGUUCCACUGUCUGAGUGAAGUGAAGGACACUUCUCUAGUGGAGCAGGUCCAACAGCAGCUCAGAUCAGGAGCUCUCUCCACAGAUCAACUGUCUCCUGCUCAGUGGUCCACCCUGGCCUUCAUCUUACUGUCCUCAGAGGAAGAUCUGGACGUGUUUGACCUGAGGAAAUACUCUGCUUCAGAGGAGGCUCUUGAGAGGCUGCUGCCAGUGGUCCAGGCUUCAAAGAAAGUUCUCCUGAGCGACUGUGGACUGUCAGAGAGAAGUGGUUCCCUUCUGUCCUCAGUCCUCAGCUCUCCGUCCUCUAGUCUGACACAACUGGACCUGAGUGAGAACAAGCUGAAGGAUGCAGGAGUGGAGCUGCUGUCUGCUGGACUGAAGAGUCCACACUGUCACCUGGAGACUCUCAGCCUGAGACUCUGUGGACUGUCAGAGAGAAGUGGUUCCCUUCUGUCCUCAGUCCUCAGCUCUCCGUCCUCUAGUCUGACACAACUGGACCUGAGUGGCAACAGUUACCUGGAGGAUGCAGGAGUGGAGCUGCUGUCUGCUGGACUGAAGAGUCCACACUGUCACCUGGAGACUCUCAGCCUGAGCAGCUGUGGACUGUCAGAGAGAAGUGGUUCCCUUCUGUCCUCAGUCCUCAGCUCUCCGUCCUCUAGUCUGACACAACUGCACCUGAGCUACAACAGGGACCUGAAGGAUGCAGGAGUGGAGCUGCUGUCUGCUGGACUGAAGAGUCCACACUGUCACCUGGAGACUCUCAGCCUGAGACUCUGUGGACUGUCAGAGAGAAGUGGUUCCCUUCUGUCCUCAGUCCUCAGCUCUCCGUCCUCUAGUCUGACACAACUGGACCUGAGUGAGAACAUGGACCUGAAGGAUGCAGGAGUGGAGCUGCUGUCUGCUGGACUGAAGAGUCCACACUGUCACCUGGAGACUCUCAGCCUGCUAGAGUGUGGACUGUCAGAGAGAAGUGGUUCCCUUCUGUCCUCAGUCCUCAGCUCUCCGUCCUCUAGUCUGACACAACUGGACCUGAGUGAGAACUGGUACCUGGAGGAUGCAGGAGUGGAGCUGCUGUCUGCUGGACUGAAGAGUCCACACUGUCACCUGGAGACUCUCAGACUGAGCUACUGUGACCUGUCAGAGAGAAGUGGUUCCCUUCUGUCCUCAGUCCUCAGCUCUCCGUCCUCUAGUCUGACACAACUGGACCUGAGUGAGAACAGGGACCUGGAGGAUGCAGAAGUGGAGCUGCUGUCUGCUGGACUGAAGAGUCCACACUGUCACCUGGAGACUCUCAGCCUGAGACUCUGUGGACUGUCAGAGAGAAGUGGUUCCCUUCUGUCCUCAGUCCUCAGCUCUCCGUCCUCUAGUCUGACACAACUGGACCUGAGUGACAACAGGGACCUGAAGGAUGCAGGAGUGGAGCUGCUGUCUGCUGGACUGAAGAGUCCACACUGUCACCUGGAGACUCUCAGCCUGAGCUACUGUGGACUGUCAGAGAGAAGUGGUUCCCUUCUGUCCUCAGUCCUCAGCUCUCCGUCCUCUAGUCUGACACAACUGCACCUGAGCUACAACAGGGACCUGAAGGAUGCAGGAGUGGAGCUGCUGUCUGCUGGACUGAAGAGUCCACACUGUCACCUGGAGACUCUCAGACUGAACAGCUGUGGACUGUCAGAGAGAAGUGGUUCCCUUCUGUCCUCAGUCCUCAGCUCUCCGUCCUCUAGUCUGACACAACUGGACCUGAGCUGGAACAUGGACCUGAAGGAUGCAGGAGUGGAGCUGCUGUCUGCUGGACUGAAGAGUCCACACUGUCACCUGGAGACUCUCAGCCUGAGCAGGUGUGGACUGUCAGAGAGAAGUGGUUCCCUUCUGUCCUCAGUCCUCAGCUCUCCGUCCUCUAGUCUGACACAACUGGACCUGAGCUACAACAUGGACCUGAAGGAUGCAGGAGUGGAGCUGCUGUCUGCUGGACUGAAGAGUCCACACUGUCACCUGGAGACUCUCAGCCUGAGCAGGUGUGGACUGUCAGAGAGAAGUGGUUCCCAUCUGUCCUCAGUCCUCAGCUCUCCGUCCUCUAGUCUGACACAACUGGACCUGAGUGAGAACAUGGACCUGAAGGAUGCAGGAGUGGAGCUGCUGUCUGCUGGACUGAAGAGUCCACACUGUCACCUGGAGACUCUCAGACUGAGCAGGUGUGGACUGUCAGAGAGAAGUGGUUCCCUUCUGUCCUCAGUCCUCAGCUCUCCGUCCUCUAGUCUGACACACCUGGACCUGAGUGAGAACAUGGACCUGAAGGAUGCAGGAGUGGAGCUGCUGUCUGCUGGACUGAAGAGUCCACACUGUCACCUGGAGACUCUCAGCCUGCGCAGGUGUGGACUGUCAGAGAGAAGUGGUUCCCUUCUGUCCUCAGUCCUCAGCUCUCCGUCCUCUAGUCUGACACAACUGGACCUGAGUCAGAACUGGUACCUGAAGGAUGCAGGAGUGGAGCUGCUGUCUGCUGGACUGAAGAGUCCACACUGUCACCUGGAGACUCUCAGCCUGAACAACUGUGGACUGUCAGAGAGAAGUGGUUCCCUUCUGUCCUCAGUCCUCAGCUCUCCGUCCUCUAGUCUGACACAACUGGACCUGAGUCAGAACUGGGACCUGAAGGAUGCAGGAGUGGAGCUGCUGUCUGCUGGACUGAAGAGUCCACACUGUCACCUGGAGACUCUCAGCCUGAGCAGCUGUUUCCUGUCAGAGAGAAGUGGUUCCCUUCUGUCCUCAGUCCUCAGCUCUCCGUCCUCGAGUCUGACACAACUGGACCUGAGUGACAACAGGGACCUGAAGGAUGCAGGAGUGGAGCUGCUGUCUGCCGUACUGAAGAGUCCACACUGUCACCUGGAGACUCUCAGCCUGAGCAACUGUGGACUGUCAGAGAGAAGUGGUUCCCUUCUGUCCUCAGUCCUCAGCUCUCCGUCCUCGAGUCUGACACAACUGGACCUGAGUCGGAACAAGCUGAAGGAUGCAGGAGUGGAGCUGCUGUCUGCUGGACUGAAGAGUCCACACUGUCACCUGGAGACUCUCAGUCUGUCAGGGUGCAUGAUCUCAGAGAGAGGCUGUGCUUCUCUGGCCUCAGCUCUGACCUCUAACCCCUCCUACCUGAGAGAGCUGGACCUGAGCUACAACCAUCCAGAAGGACCAGGACUGGAGCUGCUGUCUGCUGGACUGGAGAGUCCAGACUGGAGGCUGGAGACUCUCAGGCUGGAACACUGUGGACCAGAGAGGUUACAGAUCUGACCAGAAGAAGUUGACUCUCACAAGAGACGGAGGGAAAGAAGAGGAGUCUGAGUUUGGACACAAGCUUCUUCCUGGAGUCUGAGCUGCUCUGAUGCUGCUGGACAGAGAGUCUGUCACCAUCAGAGAGAAAUUAUCAUCAGGAGCUCACAAGUCUCUCCCAGAGCAGCGGUGGGGAUGAACUUUGACCUUCUUCUCUGUCAUUUGUCAAGACUGACUCUGAGUCUCAGCAGCCACUCCGUCAUCACGGAGAGUUUCCAACUCUUCUGAUCCAGCAGUUUGAUGUGGACACUUUAGGAGCCUGUAUUUCAGAGACAUGAACUUCAAAAGUGAAUCAUUUUCCGCUGCGACACCGGAGAUGAACUAGUCAGCAACACCUCCAACUGUCAGAGGCAGGCUGUGCUAGAGUGACCUUUGACCCUUCUGUGGAAGUGAUCCAACAUGACGUGCACUAAGAAUGAAUGUCUGAACGAACUCACGGUUAGUAUUGUUGAUUUUGACAUGAAACUUCUCGUUGAAAGUCCCCAGUUUGUGGUCAGUGGAAGAGGAAGUGGACACGGCUUUGUAGUCCAGCAGACGUACGUGGAGAAAAGAGCUGAAGGUGCAGCAGUAGAGAAACAGUCCAACACAGAAGAACAAAGAGCAUUUCAGAUGAAGAUCCAGGUCGCCGCUCGAAUUCAUCCCAAGGGUGUUUGGUUGUAUCAGGUCCUGUCAGGACUCUGUCAAGUUCACCCACACCAGGCCAUGGAAACCCAUUCCACCAAGCUCUCUGCCUGCUGUACUCGGGCUCAUCUGAAGGCCACAUGAAGUUUGGAGCUGUGCAGAAAGUGGACGCCUCAACAUCCACUGACCCCUCGACAUGGCCGACCACUUGGUGGCUGAGUUGCUACUGUUCCCAAACUCUUCUAUUUUCUUCUAAUAAAGCAGGCGGCUGGAUUUGUUGCACAGGUGGCAUCCUAUGACAGUUCCAGGCUGGAAUUCACUGAGCUGCUGAGAGCGGCCCAUUCUUGUUUGUCACAACAGUCUGCAGGCCAAGGUGCUUGGUGUUCUACACCUGUGGCCAGGCCAAGUGAUCCGGACACCUGCUUCUGAUCAUUUGGAUGGGUGAGCAGAUACUUUUGCUCCGACAGUCGAUGUGUUUGUCAGCCGGCAACAAGUGUAUUUCUCAAAGCUCUGGCUUGCUCCCACUGCAGCCAGGCCCUUUGUCUGAGCACAUCAUGUCUGUGCAUCACUCAGGGGCCUGGCUCAGCAUCAUGAGCUUUGAGCCAGCUCCUGCUGGCAUUGCUCAACCAUAGUCCUCACCACUUCCAUGACAUCAUCGCAGGAGGAAGACAUUCGAUGGCAUGGUGUCGAAUAAAAGCAAGAUAAACACAUCACAUCUACAGCAGCAGAUCACCAAUGAUCUAAUCAAGUUCGAUGAUGUAUCUAGUGACGCAACACAACUGCAUUGUAACACACACACACACACACACACACACACACACACACACACACACACACACACGUGUCCGGAGGGAAUAAAACCUUCGAGUCUCUCGAGUGUCUCCUCAUCGUAUCUACGUAUUGACGUUUCAAGCUGGUGAAAUGGAGGGUUGUGUGCUGCUGUUCAGCAGUGUGAUGUUUUAGCACUGGCCUGCAGGGGAGGUGGACUGAGAGAAGGAAGAAAUGGCAUCCAUAACAAAGCAGGAAUAAAGAAGAGAAUGGAGUUUUCAUUCAGGAAGAACAUUGUUAUGGUGAGGGUUCAGGGAGGAGGUGGAGCUUUUUGACCCCUGUAACCACAUGGAAAUGGAGUUGCUGUCCUGUGUUUGCACUGGAAUAUACUUCGACUACAAUCAGAGCUUCUGUGUGGAUGAGCUUCAGCCUGUGUUUGAGUUGGGUGUUGUGUUGAGGGGUGUCCCAGCUGGGGUCGAAUUCCAGUGUCUGUAUUUGGAUGUUCAGCAAUGUGUUUACUCACAGUACAUGAGAAUAUUUGAUAUUUAAUGGGAUAUUACAAUUGCAGAAUGGAUUCAGUGAGCAAGCGACUGGUUUCUCCUGUUCGUAGUUUGAAGCCAAGUUUCCAUGUAAUAAGGCAAACACAGUUCCUGCCCAGGUGUGGCUGAGUUGUGGGAGGAAGGAGGAGUUGAUGGUCAUGUGAUCUGAUCCAGCGCCCCCUUGUGGAGAGGGAGGGAAUUAUGGGGAAGAUGGUUCUGUUUAUUUUUUUUUGUAGUAUUUUAUUUUCCAGUUUUCAAUAAUGCAAGACAGAACAUACAUAUCCCACCAAAUCCCCCAUAACAAAACACAAACAAACAAAAAAAAAAACAAAAGGAAAGGGUGCACUCCAUACACAAAAGAAAAUCUAUAUAUGAUCCUUUCAGGCGUUCAUACAUUAUAUUACAGAGAGAACAUUACAGUCCAGAGGUGUCUAGAGUCAUCCGUGCGAUGUAAUAUACAUUAAAAAUGGCUGCCAAAUCCGUUUAAACUUUUCAGUUCUACCUGCUAAAGCAUCGCGAAUAUUCUCCAUGUAAAGGGUAUUUGAAAAUUCCAUCAGCCAUCUAUCAGAGCGAGGUGGAACUUCUUUAUUCCAGUACUGCAGAAUAGUCUUUUUUGCCAGAAGCAUGCGAUAUGAAACUGCCACUCUUUGAUAAUUAGUUAAAUCUUCCAUUUGUUGUGAGCUACCUCAAAUGGCCGUUCCAGGGUUAGGAGAUAAAUCUCUACACAAAACCUCAGAGCAAAUCUGAAAUAUUUCUUCCCAGUACUGAGUGAGUUUAGGGCAGAAAAAUAACAUAUGACCUAAAGUUCCCUCAGACUGUUUGCAUUUGAUACAUAACGGAGAUGUGGAGCUUCACUCUAGAGUCAUGAAGCCUGUGUACUACCUUAUAUUGGAUCAACUGGUGCCUUGAGUUUACUGAACAAGAGUGGAUGUUGCCUAGGCAUUUAGACCAACAUUCAGCUGUUAUUUCUCUUCCUAUUUCACCUUCCCAUAAGGCCCUGUGGUGUUCAGGACUCGGUGUCAUAGAAGAGUCACAUACGUUUACAAACAAAGAUGCCAGGUGCUUUGGAGAAGGUUUGGUUAUUAUAAUCGAUUCAAGUUCUUCCAGGGGGGAGUAGACUUCAAAAUGUGAAAUAUUAUUUUGAACAAAACUCCUGAUUUGUAAGUAUCGAAAAAAAUCUGAUGUAUGAAGUGUAUACUUUUGCUGUAAUUGGGCAAAUGAUGCAAAAACAUUAUCGAUAUACAGAUCAUUAAUGGUGACUAGUCCUUUUCUUUUCCACACCAAAAAACCAGCAUCUAGUUUUGAGGGAGGGAAUAAAUGAUGAUGACAAAUUGGGGCCAAACUAGAAGUUUCAGGCAGCCGAGAGUUGUUUUUAAUUUGUUUCCAUAGCUUUAAAGAGUUUUUAACAAUAAAGCCGAGCUCUUUCUGGGCUUUGGUCUUCCCUCCUUUCAUAUGUAGCAAGGCUGGGAGGGAAGUAUCUAUUCCAUUUUGCUCAAUAGCAACCCAAGGUGGAGUGAUGUCCUUGACAUCACCAGGAAAUGCAUUAUUCCAAUAAAUAAGAGCGUGAGCGUUUGCUGCCCAGUAGUAGUGUUGGAAUACAGGAAGAGCCAGGCCGCCGAGUUUUUUACAUUUACAAAUAUGUUUCUCACCUAUUCCAUGACUUUUGUAACCCCAAACAAAAGCCAAUAUAAUCGAAUCCAAAGUUUGGAAGAAUGUUUUGGGAACGAAAAUUGGCACAUUUUGAACUACAUAAAGGAACCGAGGCAAUGUGACCAUUUUUAUAGCAUUGACUCUGCCGAUCAUUGACAUUGGGAGUGUUUGCCAGUAUUCUAUAUUAUUUCGCAGUUGGUUGACUACUUUUACACAGUUGAAAUCAUACAAACAAUCUGACUGUUUACUCACAGUAAUUCCCAGAUAUUUUAUUUGGUCAGUUAUCUGGACUGGUAGCACCAUUGCCCAGAGGCAUUAAUUCACAUUUCUGCCAGUUCACUGUGUAUCCAGACAUAUUUCCAACUCUUUCAAUGAGAUCUAGCAGCGCUGGGAUAGAUUCUUCAAUUUGUGCUAGAAACAAUAUAAUGUCAUCAGCGUACAAAGCUAUGUGGUGAUCCAUUUUCCCCAGAUGUAUCGGGGUAAUAUACCGGCUGUGUCUAAUACUAAUUGCCAAUGGUUCAAUGCACAAAGCGAAUAAUAGAGGGCUCAAUGGGCAUCCCUGGCGAACUCCACGCUGAAGAUUAAAUGACAUAGAUGGGUCCCAGUUGGUUAGAAUUGCUGCAGUCGGGGACAAAUAUAGCAUCUCAACCCAAGAAGCAAAACUCUCGCCUGAGCCAAAUUUUUUAAUGGUUGACAGCAUAUACUUCCAUUCAACUUGAUCGAAAGCUUUGUGUGCAUCAAGUGCAAGGAUGGCAGACUUUGAAUCUUUGCUCCAUUUAUGAUUAACAAUAUUUAAUAGUCUGCGUACAUUAAAAAAUGAAAAUCUCCUGGGAAUCAAACCUGUCUGGUCAAGGUGUAUUAUAGUGGAUAUGUGUUCAUUUAACCUAGGAGCUAAAAUCUUCCUAAAUAUUUUGAGAUCACAAUUUAAAAGCGAAAUUGGUCGAUAUGAUGAAGGAUCAGUUUCAACUUUGUCUUUUUUUAGCAGCAAGGAUAUAUUGGCAUCAUAGAAAGGACGUGGUAAUCUUUUGUUUUUCAUUGAUUCUUGAAACAUUCUGAGCAACAAGGGAGCCACCUCCUCCGCAUAUGCUUUCUAAAACUCAACACAAUACCCAUCCGGCCCACUUGACUUGCCAUUUGGAAAUUCUUUUAUUGCGUUCAGGACCUCCUGUAAUGAUAUUUCAGCAGUGAGUUUCUCCCGUGCCUCAUCUUGUAAUUGUGGAAGAGGAAUUGAACUUAUUUCUGUUUCAGUGACUAUGUUUUGGGAGGUGUAUAGAUCUGAGUAGAAUCUCUUCAAACAAUCAUUGAUCUCCUGAUGGUCAGUGAUGAUGGUGCCCUCAGGUGAUGAAAGUUGAAGUAUUGCUCUACUGGCUUGCCUUCCUCUCAACUGCCGAGCAAGUAAAGAUGUGGGUUUGUCCCCCAAUUCAAAGUGUUUAUGUUUGAUUUUUAAAAGCAUCGUGUUCACCUGAUCAGUAAGAAUAGUGUUAUAUUCAUGCCUUAGCUUGACAAUAGUUUUGAGUGUUGCUGUAGAUGGAUUUUCUCUAUAUUGUAUCUCAGCUUUUGUCAUUUCUUAAUCAAUUUCAACUAACCUGGCUCUUCUUUGCUUUGUUUUCAUGGCUUCAUCAGAUAUCACAGUCCCUCCAAUAACCACUUGAAAAGCUUCCCACAAUGUUGAAUCAGAAACAUCCCCCUUGUCGUUCAGCUUAAUAGAAUCAUUGAUCUGCUUUGCACAGAUGUCUAAAAACUCUUCAUUCUUGAGUAGAUUAGGGUUCAAACGAAAAUAGAGGCCGUGCCACCACACACCUGGAGGCUGCUUCAAGGAAGUGAGAAAAUAUGUGGAACCAACAGGUCGGACCACAUUCGGGCACAAUCAUGUGACUCCAAAUGCAUCACAGCCACGAGCGACAGAGACAGAUACAGGACCAGCUUCCGUGCCAGCAGCUGUGUUAUGUCCGUCUUCACCUGUGGACACUCCCACUGUCCAAACUAGGUCUGGCAGGGUUAUCGUGAAGCCCAACAGGCUUGAUCUGGGAAAUAGAAAUUAAAAAUGUUGAGACUGUUUUGUGAUAUGUGUUUGAGUUAAAGAGUAUAGUUUGAGCAGUUUAAAGUGACCUGCGUAGAUUCUCUCUUGAAAAAAGGGGAGAUGUGGUGACAGUGAUCUGGACCAAUGAGACGUGUCUGUUCAAGUCACGUGAGGUGAAGCGAUGUUGUCAAUAAAGCUUUUAUCACGUAAGCUCACAGUGUCGAUUGUCCGGAAUAUUAAAGAACACACUGGCCAUCUGGCCAAAAUUAUGGACCCAGCGGUGGUGAAAGGCUGGCAGGACGAACUAGAUGCUCAGGCCACCAGUUUGAGGAACAUGGAGAGGAUGACUCUGUCUAUUUUUGAGAUGUUGGACUCUCUUUCUGAGAAAGUCGCACGGCUUUACCCCCGCUCUGAUCUGUCCGGUGCUCCGCUUGCUUCCUCUGCUCUUCCUCUGCUCUUCCUCUGUUGUCGGAGCAAACUAUUUCUGUUCCCGUCCUGGCCCCAGAACCCAAGCUUUGACGACUCUCAUGUCUUUCCGUGGCCUCCCGAACGCUCCAGCGUGGCUCCCAAGCCGCUGCUGCAGCCUCCCCACGGCUCCAGCGUGGCUGCGUCCCUGCGUUUCUCCCAUGUCCCUUUCCCGGUGAUUGCUCCUCCAGUUCCUGAGAUUUGGACUCUUCUUGUUCCCCGUGGUAACUCCUGGUUCUCGUGGCUCUCCUUGUUUGGUCUCUCGUUCUGUGAGCUCGCUUGUUUUUGAUUACUGUGUUAAACCCUGGUGCCUGAGUUUAGUGUUUUGUUUCUCCCAGUUUCCACGCGUUUCCGGUUCUCUUUUGGAGUGAAUUCUCGGUUCAUUGUACAUUCAGCUUUUGCUUAGUUUCUCCUGGUUCGGUCACACUUUCUGUUGUGUUUUUGUUGUUUGUUUAAUGAUUAAAUAAAUAUUUCUAACUCGCUCCUGCCUAACUGUAACCUUCACCACUCGCACUUGGGUCCAACUCCACGUCCUCAAGACGUGGCUUUCCCUCCUCGUUCCCUUGAUUCCUGACACACAACACCGUCAAACAGAAAGUGUAUAGCGUUGUUGUUUUUUGUCAAGCUUUGCUCCAACUGGGUUGUAAUCUGAUGAACAGAGCUGUAAUAUCCUCCCUUGAGCCUCAGUUUGGAAACAUCAAAGAAUCCUCAAACGAUGACAUAUUUUCCAGCCCCACUGUCGGAAACACCAUUGAAAUCUGGAUUCACUUCCACAAACCCUUUGAUUUGGCCAGUCCUCCAAGCUUCUUACCUGGAACACUCUUCUUCAGGGAUCAGUUGAGUUGGCAGAGUCUCAUGUCGCUCUUUUGAGACGCUCUGCAGAGAGCAUCAUAUUCUGACGACACACUUCUUCAAAUGCCUCCAGACCCACAGUUUGGCUUCUAAAUAUGUUUCAUCACAUCCAAAGCCGCCAGAUAAAACACAAUUGAUGAACUGUUGCAUUUAAAGCCCUCGCAAAAAGGCUUGAUUUUAGAAAAGGGUUAACAUUAUUUUUAAUAUCGACCCCCCCCCAACAAAAGACACAUACAGAGUGACUUGGGAAUUCGAUUUGCACAUCAAGAUUUCAGACAACACCUGGCAAAAUGUGUCUCAGCCACUCUAAAAAUGAAAAAUGAAAAUAGAGUUUUAAAAAAAAAGGUGUUGGGUCAGUGACAAAGUCAUGUUGUUCUAUUUGACGGUGUGUUGUGAGUGUUGAUCGUAGU